AUGUCAAAUAUCACUACACGUUCCAAGGCAAAAGCAACUGAUAAAAGAACGUUAGACGAUACUGAAAUCGUUAAAGAAGUUUAUUCUGUUAACAAAGAUACACAAAAUAACACAAUGAACGAAAAUAACGAUAGACCCAAUAAAAUCAGAAAUAUAGAAGCCUCAGAUAAUACUGAAGCCAUGGAAGUAGAAUUUGAAAAUAAUUCUUCUUCGUCUCAUACACCUAUAUCACAUGACUCAAAUACAAGAUCUACAAAUGAACCAAUGGAAACAGAUAAAGUAAUUAUUUCCAUUCCAAGUGAUCAACAAAAUAAUUCUAAUCCUAUUAAAGGAAAAGAUAAGGAGACAUUACAAAUAGAACAAAUAGACUACAACGACUCUGAAACACAAAACACAGCCACAGAAUCUUUUUCAGUUUUCAUAGCAAAAGAUCAAUUUCCGAAUGAAGGAAGUAACUUCGAGAUUAGAAAAAAAAUAAGGGACGCAUUUUCCAACCAUAUUAAUGAUAUCAUUCGCAUUAAAUGGGAAAACCAUCAAUACCUUACAGUAUUCAUAAUCGAAUUUUCUAGAAAAGAAAUUUUUGACAAAUACGUUUCUAAACGUCAUCUAAUAUUAAAUGCUAUUAUACAUCCAUAUGAUUCCUCAAAUAUCGAAGCAUACAUACAAAGAGAUGUUGAAAAUCAAGCAAAAAAUUCAGUCAAACUCACAGACGUUCCAAUCUUUUAUGAGACAGAAGCUCUUUUAAAAAACAUAAUCAAUAUAACGGGAAAAGAAAUAAAAAAUUUCCACUCGAAUGAAAAGAAAUUGAUACAGAAUUUUGAAUUUGAAAUGAAACGAUAUAGAAAUAAUAACCAAGGUCGUAGAAAUGGUCGAUUUGCACCUAAACAACCACAAUAUAAAACUGUAUAUAUCGAAUUUAGAACAGCAGCAGGUGCCAAAUACCUAAUUGAAAAAGGAUGGUCACUCAAUAUAGAAGAUUUCAAUAUCAAGAUAUUACCUACUAAUAAUAAUCAUGAAGCCUAUAUCCAACGUACGUCUAAAGGAUAUAGAAUAACCGGCUUACCUAACAAUACUAACGUUAAAGAUAUGACUAAAAUCUUAUCCUUCAUAAAUGGAGAAACUUGCUCAAUACCCAAAGCAAGAUCUAGAUAUUGUUCUAAAACGGCAUAUGUUAUGGUCGAUCCAAAAAAUUUUGAAAACAAAAUCAAGAAAAUCACAGCAUUCAAUACAUCGUUAUAUAUCAUUCCACUUGACAACAAAGUCAAGACUUGCAUACAAUGCAGCUCACCAGAACACAUGAUACAAGAUUGCACUACCGAACAUACUGUUACACCUAAUGGUCAAAAAUUCUUCAAACCGAUUAAUAUUCCUCGAAAUACUACAAAGAUAGUGGUUAGCAAAAGUAUUUCAGACAAUUAUGGAUCCAUAAUGAAAAUCAAUGAAGACUUCAAUAAACAAAAAACCCCAAAAGUAUCAACCAAACCUAAUCAAUCAAAUAACAAAAAUUCCUUAAACCAACAACAGCAAUGGGCCCAACGUCAAAUGAUUAAUUAUAAUCAACCCAAUAAUACCCCACACCCUAGACAAAACGUCAAUAGUCAUUCAAUCAUUAAUAAUAAUAUCAAUGAUUCAAACUCAUCUAAAUUCACUUUAGAAAUCGCUACCUUAAAUGACAAAAUGAAAUGGGCUGAAAAAAUGAUCAAAGAUCUGGAAAAACAGGUAGAUGACCAAAAAAGAGAAAUUGAACAACUUAAAGUUUUUGCGAAAGAAGUUUCCGCACACAAUAACUACGUCAAAGAAUCCAUGGAUAAAAUGGUUGGCUUUCAACAACACAUGUCAGAAAGAAAGUUAGUGAAAGACGCUCAACUCAAAGAAAUUUUAAUAGCCGUCAAAGGACAACCACAACAGUAUCAUCAAGAACACCAAAACCAAGAACAACAAUUACAGAUACAAUAUAUUCCCGAACAAAAUUUAAAUCCUCAGAUGCACCAUCAUGAUUUAAUCAAUAAUAAGUUUUAUGACGCUACUUCACAAACAAAUGAUGGGUGGGAUGAUACUUACGCCUCCUCAGCAUCAUCCCUACACACGCCUUCUUCUACGCCUUACAUUAAUGAGACUGAAGACAUUUCACUAGAGGAUCGCCUAAGUCAAUAUGGUAAUGAACAAAAUGAUCACGAACAAAAUAACGAUAACCUGACUCAAGAUCAAAAUACAGGAUUUACAGGAUAUAUAAAAUCCUUUGGUGGAUUAAUGAUGGACAACAAUUCUAAUAAUACUGAUCAAAAACCCCCAAAAAAAUAUAAUAAUCAUAAAAAUCAAAAAAAUGAUUUCUCUUAUUUUUCUCCUUUUAAUUCUUAUUCAAAUAUUAAUUUCGCUACAUUGAAUUUACAAGGAUCAUUUGAAAAGAAAAAAAGACAAUUAUUAUCUUAUAUGAUUCAAGCUGAUAUUCAUUUCUUAUUAUUGACAGAAACUCACUUAAAAGAUCCUAAAAAUGAAUCAACAAAACGAUUAACCCCUAUCAAAUUAACGUACCCUACAAAGAAUAAAACAUUAUCAAAUUUUUAUAUCAUACACAACCCCUCGAAAGAUCAUUCUGCCAGUGGUGUUUCAUGGUUAUAUUUACCACCAAUAACGUCUUCUAAAAAUAAUGAAUCUACUUUGAAAAACAUUAUUUCUUAUCUUAACAAAUAUUUUUUGUUAAAAAAUAAUUACAAAAAAACGUUAAUCAUGGGUGAUUUUAAUAUAAAUCCUCAUAAACCAAAUUCAACUUUUACAAAUCUUCAAUCAGAUGACCCUUCUAUUUCUAAUCACGUGACUUUAGCACAUUAUCAUAAAGUCAUUUUAACUAUCCUAAAAAAUAAUCAAUUUAAAGAUAUUGUUAAAUUUUUUAAUGAAACACCUUCUUUUACCUUUAAAAAUACUUCUGAAAAUACUUCUUACAUAGAUAUUAUUUUUGUUUCACCAAAUUUUAUAUCACAAUGUAUUUAUGGUUCUAUAGCUGCUGAACCUGUUCAUACUGAUCAUUGA